GCGUGGUGGCGGUCACAUGAUCUCAACGGAUGACCUUGAGUACCCGCGGGAGUACCGGACGCUGGGGAACGGGACGCGGCGUUUCUCCAACGUGGGUCUGGUGCACACCUCGGAGCACCGCCACACGGUCAUCGCAGCCCAGAGCCUGGAGGCCCUUACCAACCUGCACAAGGUGGACAUGGAGCGCAAGAGGGACGCCUUCAUGGACCACCUGAAGAACAAGUACCCGCCCCAGCUGCAGCACCCCGGGCAUCAGCACCACAACCCCCCCUCGCCCUCACCCUCCCACGGCAGCAUGAGGCAGCCUGACAGAGAGCGAGCCGCUCGCGAACAGCAACAACCCAACUACUGGAGCUUUAAGAGUCGUAGCCCGCGUCACUCCCAGUCCACCCAGUCUGGGCUAGCUGAGCAGGCUGCUAAACUGUCCUUUGCCUCGGCUGAGUCUCUGGCUGAGACCAUGUCUGAGGCUGACAUCCCCCUGGGGUUCAGCCGAACCAACCGCUUCCGCCAGAGUCUGCCCCUGUCCCGCUCAGCCAGCCAGAACAAGCUGCGCUCCCCAGGCGUGCUGUUCCUGCAGUUUGGGGAUGAGACUCGGAGGGUGCACAUCACCCACGAGCUGAGCAGCCUGGACACGCUGCAUGCCCUCAUCGUGCACAUGUUCCCCCAGAAGCUGACGGCGGGGAUGCUCAAGUCCUCCAACACGGCCAUCCUGAUCAAGGACGAGGCGCGCAACGUCUUCUACGAGCUGGAGGAUAUCCGGGACAUCCAGGACCGCAGCAUCAUCAAGAUCUACCGCAAGGAGCCCAUCUACGCCUCCUACCCCGCCACACACCUGGUCAACGGGGACCUGAGGAGGGAUCUGGUGUACACGUCCCGAGAGUCCUCCCCCACCCGCCGCCUCAACACCCUGCCAUCCUCCUCCGCCUCGCCCCCCUCCGGCUCCCCAGCCCGCUCCCGUCUGUCCUACAGUGGGGGUCGGCCUCCCUCCUUCGCCGGGCCGGGCAGUCACCCCCAGCUCCAACAACACUCCCAGCACCAGCAGCACCCCCAGCAGCACCAGCCCCAGCACUCCCACCACCCAGGAGCCGGCUCACACCACGGGGGCCACAACGCAGGCCUGUCCUCCUCCCCUAGCGCCAUCCUGGAGCGCCGUGACGUCAAGCCCGACGAGGAGGUUUCUGGGAAGAACCUUAUGCUGGUAAAGGAGGGGCUGUACGCCGACCCCUACAGCCUGGUACACGAGGGCCGCCUCAGCAUCGCCUCCACACAGUCGCUGGCCACCAUCGGAGACCCCUUUGGCUUCCCCGUGUCCGGUGGGCUGUACCGCCGCGGCUCUGUGCGCUCCCUCAGCACCUACUCUGCUGCCGCCCUGCAGGGGGAGCUGGAGGACGCCCUGUACAAGCCUGGAGGUCCCCUCUACUCCGACUCCUAUUCCUCAGCCACACUGGGCAUGGGCUUCCGCAUGCCCCCCUCCUCCCCACAGAAGAUCCCUGAUAUGCAGCUGAGGGACAGGGGAGACUCGUUCUCUAGCUCCCCCAGCCGAGCCUCCCCGGUCAGGCAGAACUUCCGCAAGGACUCAGCCUCCUCUUCCGUGUUUGUGGAGAGCCCCAAGUCCAGGCCCAGCUCCAGCUCUGACCCUCUGGCCCUGCAGGCCGGGCCGGGAGGGGACGGGAGCAGGUUUGCGCCCGGAUACAGCUCCCCACUCCCUGGAGAGACUUCUGAGUCCAGGGACCGUGCGGACCGUCUGGACCGUAUGGAGGCCAUGGAGAAGCAGAUAGCCAGUCUGACAGGCCUGGUUCAGAGUGUACUGACCAAAGCACCCGACAGUGACAGCACAUGCGGCCUACUGCGUCUCUGCAUGAUGGCGGGCUGCCCUCCGGACCAGGGCUCGGAGUUCUCACGGCCCUUCCCUUUCUCUUCCAGCGAGAAGACCGAAUCCAACAGCGACGGUUCCGCCAAUGGAACUGGGCGGCUGAAGCGGAAAGCUCUGACGCCGUCGGCCCCGCUGGCUCUGAUGCCCCCCCCUCCCUCCGGAGACAGCCAGGUCACCACCGUCACCCGGCUGCAGAUGCAGCUUCACCUCCACGACCUGCAGCAGAACGCCACCGAUCUGCGCAAACAGCUCUCCCAGCUCCGCAAGAUGCAGCUCCAGAACCAGGACAGUGUGAAGACGCUGCUGAAAAGAACGGAGAAGGAGCUGAAAGUGCGUGUGAGUGAUGCUCUGAGGAAGCAGGAGGACCCUCUGCAGCGACAGCGCCUCCUGGUGGAAGAGGAGAGACUCAAGUACCUAAACGAGGAGGAGUUUAUCAUCCAGCAGCUCCAUGACCUGGAGAAGUCAGUGGAGGAUAUCCAGAAGGGUUCGUCUGUCAAUCACAAACUGGUGACGGUUCAGGAGCUGGAGGAGAAGGCCUCACUUCUGAGGAAACUAGGAGAGACACUCACAGAGCUCAAGAACCAGUUCCCCAGUCUGCAGAGUAAGAUGCGGGUGGUGUUGAGGGUGGAGGUGGAAGCCGUCAAGUUCCUGAAGGAGGAGCCACACAGACUGGACGCCCUGCUGAAACGCUGCAAGAGCGUCACUGACACACUGACCACUAUGCGCAGGCAAGUGAACGAGGGCGUGUGGAAGAAGCAGGAGGACUUCCCCAAGCACAGCAGUGAGGACUUCCGUAAGAGCUCUGACUUUGACAUGCCCACCAGCCCCCCUCUCAACCUCAGUGACCUGAGGGGCGGCAGCAGCCUGUCUAACUGGAGCCCCCACUCCAGCCACAGUCACGGUCAUGGACACAGCCACCCCUCCUCUGGCCCUCACAGGGACACUCAUCCCCCUGUGCCUCACAAGGGCCGGGCCCUGGAAGAGCUGGCCAACCGCGCUGCCGCUGAUAAGGCUGUGUCUGUAGAGGUUCGACUGGCAGCAGAGCGGGACUGGGAGGAGAAGCGGGCCAGUCUGACCCAGUACAGUGCUCAAGACAUCAACCGUUUGCUGGAGGAGACCCAGGCUGAGCUGAUGAAGGCCAUCCCAGACCUGGACUUUGCCGUCAAGCAGAUCAACAAGCCCUCCUCCAACACACCCUCCCAGUCUCAGACCCCCCAGAGUGGGGGAGGGACCCCAGAUCACCGCCCUACCAAGCCCCAGCACGCCACACACAAGCUCUCGGGGAAGGAACCUGGCUCCAGACGUGGUUCUGAUGCAGAGCAGCUGACAGUGACUCGCUAUCGUACAGAGAAGCCCUCGAAGUCGCCCCCUCCCCCCCCACCUCGACGCAGCUUCCCAUCAUCCCCGGCUGGACUGAUCACCCGCAGCGGAGAGACCCUUAUCCCCGGCAAGAACAUGAAGUCGGAGGUGGAGGAGGCAGAAGCACAGAAGCCCCACGUGAAGCUGCGACGGACGGUCUCUGAAAGCCCGCGUCCUGCGUCCACCCCUCCCACCAUCGCCUCUGGAGACAAGGAGGAGGGAGAGGAGGACAUGAUCGCUGCUGAACUGGAGCUGUUUCAGAGAGCCCCCCCCAGGCUCAACCACCCCCCUCCCCUGUCCCUGCCCAGUGCCCCCCGCAGCAGGACCAGCGUGCCCCCCUCCAGCCUCGACCUAUGGCCCCCAGGGGCCCCGUGCACCAAGCUGUCUAGAGCAUCGUUGGACUGCUCUGGCCUACAGUGGAAGCAGGGCAGCUCAGAAUGCAUACUGGCAUCACACUCACAGGCACAGAGCACGGCCCUUCCUGGUCCGUCCUUCUCUCUUGUCCACCGGAUCGUGCCGACAGAGUGCUUGUCAGUUUCACCCUCUCCCUCAGAAGGCUUUGUUAGAGACUUGACACAGGACCAUCAGAUAUCCCCAACAGUGGACCAGUCCCAGAGCCAGACUGCUCCUCCCCAGACAGCCCCCAAGAUCCAGGAGGUCUCUAAGGGGAAGGAUCCCGUCAGCCAGCCCCAGAGGAAGCUCUCUCGGCGGGGGGAGCUGAGAAUCCUGGAGUCCUUUGAGAAGGAGGAAGAGAGGGAGGAGAGAGAAGAGCUGUCCUUGGUGCUGACUGAGCUGGGGGUGAUGGUGAUGUCACCCUCGGAGGCUCAGAAGCUCAGCAGAACCUGGGGAGAGGCUCUACAGACACUCACCAUCCCACCUCAGCCUUCAGAGGGAAGCACUGAAACCCGUCUGUGUGGGGCUCCACUACUGGUGUUCUUCAGGGAGAUUGUGACGGUCAGAGAGGCCUACAGGAAGCUGCAGUUACUGCUGGGCAGAGAGGAGGACACAGGGUCAUCCAAUGUGGUCCCCAAGCCUAGAGCAGGAUCUUCUCACAGCAGCCUGAGCAGCAGCCCCAGUACCCUGGGCUCCAGGAUAACUCUCUCCCCUGAGCAGCAGGACUCUCUGAGAGAGGUUCUGAGGAGAGGGGUGGAGACGGGGGCCAGGAACCUGACACUCCCUCACAGCACUGGAAUAAAGAGCAUUCUUGCCACCCUUCCGGAGCCCAGUCAGGACUCUGCAGAAGCAGCAGUGAAACCCAAUGGGUCUGCAGGGUGUGAGGAGAGCCAGGCCAGGGAAGAACAGGGACCGAACCCCUGGAAGCAGGGAGAGGACAUUAGGAGCAGCACCUACAGGAGGCUGGACAGCUUGGAUGAAACCAUCCGCGAGCUGGAGAACACCCUGCUGGAGCUCAGUGGCCACCCCACCACAGUGCAUCUCUCCAACCGCACACACCCCACUGACACUUCCUUGUCAGAGGCUCCAGACCCAGCCCAGAUGCCUGGCACCAGCACCCCAGAGACCAAGAAGCCCCCAGUCCCACCCAAGCCCAAACCCUCCUACACUCCUGCCACGAUGACAAAGGGAGGCAACAGCUCUUCAGCUGUGGGUAAAGUCCACUCCUCGGCUGCCUCCAGACUGAAGCACCUGCAGCAGAGCGGCACAGAGAAGACCAAAACUGGCAAGAGGGAAGACUUCCUCAAGGGCCAGCAGCAGUGAGUGAGGGACCAGCCUGUGCCCCGUGCCUGUCCUCUCCAGACUCCUCCUCAGCACCAACCACCUGACUACAGAGCUGCAUCUGACCCCCAUCCCCUGCUACUCCUAGUCCAUGCCCUUAAGCUCCCCUCCCCUCUGUUGGCUUAACAUGGGUAUUAGCCGUCUCUGACUCCUGUACCCUCUCAUGUCCUACAUUGACCCCACAAUGCACAAGAUAGCUACCACUCUCACCUUGGUGUGUUUGUGUGUGUGUUCUGUAUGUUUGUGUGUGUGCAUGUCUGAGUGAAUGGAAGGGUGCUGUCAGGGACCACUACCAACUAAAGGACUGUACUCUGUUUUCAUUUCUCUUUUUCCCCCUGAAACCUUUACAAUUUUCCCCAAUUCUCCAUGUUCCUCCUCCUGUUCCUCCUGUUCCUGGUCUGUCCCUGGGUCUGACCCGUAGGCCCAUG